AUGCCUACAGUCACGGGGGAAGACAGCCCGUCGGCUCCAGUCAAUGUCACAGUCAGACACCUGAAAGCCAACUCAGCUGUUGUGACUUGGGAUGUUCUGGAAGAUGAAGUUGUCAUUGGAUUUGCAAUUUCCCAACAGAAGAAGGACGUGCGGAUGCUGCGCUUCAUCCAGGAGGUGAACACCACCACCCGCUCCUGUGCCCUCUGGGACCUAGAGGAGGACACUGAGUACAUUGUGCAUGUCCAGUCCAUCAGCAUCCAAGGCCAGAGCCCUGCCAGUGAGCCAGUCCUCUUCAAGACCCCCAGGGAAGCUGAGAAACUAGCCUCUAAAAAUAAAGAUGAGGUGACAAUGAAGGAGAUGGCGAUGAAAACCCAACAGCUGCGAGCGGGGGAGAUUCUCAUCAUUGUUGUGGUGUUGUUUAUGUGGGCAGGGGUGAUCGCCCUGUUUUGCAGACAAUACGACAUCAUCAAAGAUAACGAGCCAAACAACAGCAAGGAGAAAGCCAAGAGCGCCUCGGAGAACAGCACCCCCGAGCACCAGGGCGGGGGGCUCCUCCGCAGCAAGUUUCCAAAAAACAAGCCCUCAGUGAACAUCAUUGAAGCAUGACAGCCUGCAGGCUGAUAGAUGGACUCCAUUCCUCACUCUCACUUUCUGCCUCUGAGCCUUGAUGACUAGGGAGGUGAAAUAUUGUUGGAGCAAUUUGGAAAGAGACCUAGUGAUUGUCACUUGCUGGCACACACCUCCUCGCCUGUGUUCUACAAAACAUCUGGCCAGGAAGAAAAAUCCUGCAAAAAAAACCCCCUUGAAACCCAAACAAUGAAGGUGGAAAAGCAUCAGUGAGCAGAUGCUGCCCAUGGUCCUG